GUCGAUCAUCUUAAAAUUAUAUGAUCGUAGAAAAUCGAUUAUCUGACAUACGAUUUGGUAUCGAUACUGUCACAAUCGGCUGUCAUCCUUCAAAAUUUCAUUUUAUAACCAAAAAAUUUCAAUCCAUAGUAAAUAACUACAUAAUUUAUAUAAUUAAAAAAUAUAUUAAAAAUGAGCAAUACAAACGGAAAUCCUCCACGCAAAAAUUAUACUGAGAGAGAGAGAGAAAUGUUUGCUGUUGGAAAUAAUUGGAAAAUACAAGCAUAUUAAAUUGAAAACAAAUAAUGUACCAAUGCUAUGUCCACCAACCAAAACAAUGAAACCUGGGAAAAAUAGCGCUGAAUUUCCCAGAACUCCCAAGCAGCUGAACACUGCAUAUAUAAACUUAAAAAGGGUCACUAGCCAAAAAGUAGCAGAGGAAAAUAUUCAAAAAUAUAAUGAGCAGAAGGUUUUGGACCAGUUGAAGAGAGACCAAACUGCGGACAAAAAAGACAUACUUGCAACAGGUGGUGGCACAUUUAGGCCUCGUCUCACAGAUGUAGGGGCACAAAUGUUGAGUUUGAUUGGCAAUCAAAUCCAACCUUUACCCAACAGUUGUGACAGUGCAUCUGGUUUCUUCACAUCUGUUGCACAAGACAGUCAAGUGGAAGUAGAUUACCUACAAUUGGAAGACACAUAGCAGAUAUC